GUGAAAGUACCGCUUCGCCGCCAAAGACUUGUUGUCCGCGGAACCAAAAGCAAUAGUACCGCGAGUCGUGCUGCAACAAGACGGUGACUCCUUUAUCGGGCGCUUCUGGUAUCCACGUGCGUUUUCGGUGAGUGCCGUGCUAGGACUCAGUGCUUGGUGACUCCUGACUGAACUGUGUGAAGACAUUAGAAAAAGAGCCGCAACUAUUAGCGAUUGCCAAUAGUUACUAAAUCAAGCUAUCAUCAAGGACCAGAAGGAAAUUGAGAGUCAAAGUGGCAACUUGAACGUAGAUGUCGCUGUGUGGUGGCGUCAGGUUGACGCGCCUGGCCACGGUGCUGGCCUGGUGCAUCCUCAGAGUACGAGCUGAUGAUUGGCAUCCUUUCCAACCAGGACCACCGGAGUACUUUGGAGCGGGAUCCGCACGUGGUCACGAGCCCAAUCUUAUCUUAGACCAUGGGUACGGACACCACGGGGGUAUUUCCGUCGCAGGGGGUGAUCAUCACCACCACGAAAUCGGCAGUGCAGGAGACCAAUGCGAAGUCUACAAAGUCGGUUUUACUCAGGAUCUCUACUUCCAGUAUGUGCAAUACAAAACGGAUGUACCGGAUAUGAAGGAGUUCACGUUGUGCUUCUGGACGAAGUUUUAUAAUCAUUCGAAUGAUCAUCCCAUCUUCUCGUAUGCUGUUGACGGUCAACCAAAAGCAAUCCUGGCAAGUGUCUCAAACACUGACAGAUCCAGCUACUUCACAAUGGCGGUUGCAGGCCAUACUUUCUACCGGCUGAACUAUCCACUAAGGCUGAACAAGUGGUACCACACUUGUCAGAGUUGGAACGGGAAGACUGGAGAGUGGCAGAUUUGGGUCAAUGCUGAGAGAGUUGGCAGGGGAUUCCAUAAUAGGCUUGUGGGACAUACUAUCCCAGGAGGAGGUAUUGCGAUCACAGGUCAAGAACAGUCACAGCUAGGAGGUGGCUUCCAGGAAGGAAAAGGUGCUCCUAAAGGAUCUGGUGGCAUGUUGGGAGAGGUCACCAUGCUCCAGCUGUACAGCGUAGCACUGACAGCUGGAAAGGCCCAUAAGGACCACAAACAUCACCACGCUCAUCAGUAUGACCACGAAGGAAGGAUCAUCACAACUCCUGCACCUACCACACCUAGAGCCAGGCCACAGGUUGCCAUGCAUCCCUUACUGACUGGAGGACAGAUCAAUAGAAACCUGCGGAUCAACUUCGCCCAACCCGAAACAGUCCCCGGCCAAAACUACGACGUCCAAUUCCUCAAUGGUCAGUUUGUAGUGAACCACGUGGCCCAACAAUUCGCUCCUAAGAGAAGAGUGGGACCUGCCAUGAGCGAAGAGCAGCAAAUAGGAGGUGUUGGAGGUAGUCAGCCAGCCAUCAGUUCGGAGAUUGGGCAAACAUUAGGUCAAGGAGGAUCAGACGAAGAAUCUGAAAGUAGCGAGGAGGGCCGAUCGUUCUCGUCACAGUUCUUCACUUUGGGUGAUACUCCAGUAAUCAACAGUGACUUCAACCACGUGCAGCCCGACAUGAGCGUAGAGAGCCACGAUCUAUUCAAAAGGGGUAACGGCGAUAUGGAGGCACAGCCGUCCGAGAAGAAGCUGGCCAAACGCGAGUAUGUCAUUGGUGGAACGAUUGUGGAAUCACCAAUCCCCUCGCUUCAUCUAACUUUUGAGCAGUCUUUGCUAGACGGAUUAGCAGGUAUCGGCCAAAACUCGGAGAUCUCCCAAAAACAAAAACAGGCGGAAGAAGAAAGGGAACCAGCGGAGGCUGAAGUGAAAGCAGUCCUCAACAUCUGCGAUGGCUGUGACGAAGAGCCAUUCGAGAGGGCCUUGAUCUUCGGUUGGAGGACAGUUCCCAAAAAACUCUACUCAGGAGCAUUCUACAAACCUGCCAAGCCACAAUGUAAAGUCUUCUGAGAGACUGUUUAGUGUAAGAAUAGCGUUGAUCAGUUGUAUAAAGUUUGAUGACGGUUAGUGUUGAGAAAGGAAAAGUAUGAGGAGAAACGAACAGUAUUUGAACAAAAAAAAAACUUUUUUCAUUGUCGUCUGCCACGUUUUUGGAACCUCAUCUUUCUGUGGUUAUUAAUCAACUGUUUGUCAUAGUCUGUAGUGAUUCAUUCUAGGAUAAUGGUAACAUAAAUUUGUUUAGAUUUUGCUCAAAAGAUUUCAGUUUUGUUGUGUCUAACCACUUGAUCAUUGCUUCCAUACUCACUCAAGAAGUAUUCCCGUCACGAGUUUCAAGUGUCGUACCCAAACCAAGAAGAAUUAUAUCUAUGACUAUCCACACAUUUUUAACUUUCUUGUCGAACUGUUAUUUUGUUAACUUUUCUACCAAAUCACCACAGUAGCGGAUCUUACUCACAAACAUACUUUAAUUUAACGUGGUUACAGAAUUUAAAGCUAGCUCUUUUAUAUUUGUUGGGUAAGGCUGCAAACAAAAUUUAAAAAAUUCAACCUAAGUUUUUGAAAAGGACCUAAAGAGCUCAAUAAUUGUAUGUAACGCUACAGACCAUCAUACAAGGUUUAAUAACAACCAAAGAACGAUGACGUUCAAAAAACGUGUAAAAUGACAGAAAACGUAUUUCCAUUUAAUGCCUCAUUAUAUAAUUUAAUAAGUCAAAUCAAAAACUGUAUAUAUGGGAAUCACAACUGACGGCAGCAGCAAUUGUAAUUUCUAUAACAGCUGCAGCCUGACUUUAAGAUCUAUUGAUGUAAGCACAUAGCAAUUUUACCUUCGUUCUGUCUUGUACCAUAUCAGAAGUUACUAGAACCCAAUACUCUUGCUUCGAUUAUUGCAGUAUUCUAUACGACAUUGCAUAGGGAAUGUCUUUACUUAUAGUAUUAUAUUAUUUAUUGAAACUCCUUAUUGGAGUAAGGUGCCUAAGUCCAAGUUUUUAUACCUAAUAUGUUGAAGGUAAUGUUUCAAUGUAAGUGUUUGUAUUAAGA